GUGCUUUUUUUCCAAAUUCGAACUGGAGCUCAUUUCACUUUCCCCCCAACUAAACAGCGAUGGGCAAGGACGCAAAGAGCCCAGCGAAGGGCGACGAUGCCAAGAGCGCAAAGAGCGCAAAGGACGCUGGCAAGGGCACCAAGAAGUCCAAGGCGGCCGAGAGCAGCGACGACGACGACGACGCAUCGGAUUCCGAUGAUGAAAUCUUCAAGUUGGAGGACGAAAACAAGGCGCUGAAGGCAUCCAUCGCCACGCUCAAGCAGGAGGCCGAGGCCAAGGACAAGGCUCACGACGAAGCCAAGAAGGCGGUCGAGAAGGAGCUGGAGGAGGUCAAGAAGACGCUCGAAAAGGUCAAGAAGGAGAACGAGGUUCUGCUUGCGAAUGUGGCCGCCAGCACUGCCGCCAAAAACACGCAGAGCAAAGGCACGCUCAGCCUGUUCAAGAAAAAGUCGGAAACGGAAGCACCCGCCCCGGCCUCCCCGACACCGGCCUUUACCAACCCGUUCGAGGAGGUUGAGCGGCUGCGUGGCGAGCUCGCCAAGUUUACCGACAUGACCGGAGAAAUCACCCUUCUGAAGGAGCGCGAGGUUGAGAAGGACUCUGAGAUUGCCAAGUACAAGGAGGAGCGCGAAAAGCUUCGCUACGAGCUGCAGCACCUGCGUCAGCAGGUUGGCAGCUUCAAGGCUGCGAACGAAUCCGAGGAGGAUGUGCUCAAGCGAAAGGCAGAGGCAGAGAGCAAGCGGCAAGCAGAGGAGGCUGCCAAGAAGAAGGCUGCAGAAGACGCCCAAAAGGCUGCCGAGGCUCAGAAGGCUGCUGAAGAGGCUGCCAAGAAGCAGGAAGAGAGCGACGAAGAGGAUGACCCCGAUUUCAUCUCGACAGAGGCUUUCGAAAUCUCGAUCGGCGAUGACCAAAAGGUCAAGCUGCAACUGUGGUCGGACAAGCUGCACAAGUUCCUGACGAAGGACUUGCCAGACGCUGGCGAGGAUGCUGGCGCUCUGGCGAGCGUGCUGAAAAACUCUGCCAAGGUCACAAAGGACAUUACAGCCCUGUCGCGCAAGAUUGCGCCGCGAGAGUUCCGCACCCGCAACGCGCUCCUGCAAAAGGCCGUGCAGUGUGCGGACGAGUUCAAGACUGCCACUCUUGACUUUAGCGAUCACAUCAACCAGUUUGUCGCUGGCAAGAUCAAGAGCAAGAAGGUCGCCGAAGCCGGCGCUGUUGUUGCGAAAAAGGCACGAGCCCUGAACGAUUACUACAAGACUCUUCCUGAGGACUAACCCUUCGGUGGCUUCAAUACUUCCCAUUGUCGAGUUUCCUCGAGGGGCCCCAGUACAUAUUGUCGUGAUCGUCGAUAUAACUGCUUGUCGUGUGUGAUUCCAAACAUGUGCGAACAGGACAUGCUGAUUCAAUGAUGAUGGU